AUCCCUGCCUGCUUGACAGGCCCGGACAGCAUUACAUCACUUCCUAAAAACAAUCAAACGGAGCCCAUCUCCCGGAGAAAUACAACUCAGAGGCACCGGGGCAGGAAACAGGAAAUGUAAAUGCUCUGCCGAAGCCCAGAGAGAGCCACGGAGGCCGAGGCAGCAUGCAGGCACCCGGCUGGGUCCCGCUGCUGAGCACCCUGCUCCUCGCCCGGGAGGGCAACGGUUCCGAAAAUGGCGAGGAUGGUUCUGGCUAUGGAUCACCAGCAUUACCCACCGCCACAGUGAUACCUUCUCCUGCUGUCACUCCUGCGUCCUCUACAACCGUGGGCAGCACCCAGCCAGUACUGGUCUCUACAAGGCCUACUGAAGGCAGCUCUGGAGCGGAAAGUGUUCCAAGCACUGAACUGCAUGACAUGAGCAAUAAUGAGAGCGUAGAGACAGAGGAGCCAUCUGUCUUGGUGUACGCUGUCCCCGCUGUGCUGCUGGCCCUGCUGAUUUUGCUGGUUAUAGCUUUUAUAGUAGUCCAUAAAAGGAAAAAGUCUAAGCAAGAUGAGCUGGGAAGUGAAAACGUAAAAAGGCAACAGGCAAAGGAGAGGCAGCGGGAUGGGGCGGGCGAGAGCUGCCCCACGGGGACCCAUGCAGCAUCUGCCCCUGGCCCCGCCAGCCACCACGAGAUAUGGCCAUGCCACGAGCAGAGUCCUAUUUUUGAAGAAGACACCCCCUCUGUUAUGGAGAUAGAAAUGGAAGAGCUUGAUAAGUGGAUGAACAGCAUGAACAAAAAUGCUGAUUGUGAAUGUUUGCCUACUGUGAGAGAAGAAGAAAAAGAAUCGAUGGCCAACCCGAGUGAUGGUGAAUCAUGAAGUCACAGCAGCAGAGAACUGCUUAAAGGGAAGCAGCACACGAGCUGACAGACCCCAGAUCCCGGAUGAACUGGAUUUAAACAUGAUUCAUCUCAAAAGGCUGGAGGAGCAAAUGCUUUUGUUGUGCCCUGCUACUUAUAAUCUUCAGAAAAGAAGCAUCAAGACAAAAAAAAUAAAGAGAAAAGUGCUAUAGUAGGACUAGGAGGUUGACUUAAAUUCCUUCCGUAGUGACAUUCAUCACCAGUCAAGAGAAACAUUUUCCCCACCCCAAAAAAGAGCUGUCCAUGUUUCUGUGUAGCUCUCCUUUUCUGCAUAGCGCAGCACCUAAGAGCAUGUAUGCGCUAAAUUCGGUGGGCUGUUUGUUCAUUCUUUUUGAUUUAAACAGCACCCAUAAUUCUGGAUUGCACUGGUUUAGUGUGUUCAAAUCAGACUGUUGAGCUCAUAUCGAUGUCAUGUUUACUUUUCAAUUUGUUUUUUUGUAAUGGUGCACUGAUUUGCACAGGACUUAUGCUUAGGGCAGUAAAAGACUAGGACUAGCAGACAGCUGCGAGGACAGACAGCAGCUGAAGUGGUCCCAAAGGAUUUGCCAGGAGGCAGCCUGCAGCCCAGCAAGGGUACAAUCCCCCUAGCAAGCAUUUUCUUUUUCAAACUAAAGAUGCCAUAGAAAUUAAAAAUAUUAUUUCAAUAUUGCCUUUGAGUUAGCCCACUCCACAGCUCAGCACUGUGCUAGAUCUCACUACCCAGCACUUCUUCCUGCGCAGCACUGCUCACCAACAUCAACCUGCUUCAGGCACGCUCAGCUUGAAAAUGCUUCUCCUCAUCAAAAUGGGCUGGGAGAUUGAACAAUUCAGUGCUCAUACCAAACACAUCUGGUAGAUAAGCAUGCAUUAUUCCUAACCACUUGGUCAAGGACUUCAGCUGCAAGAAGAUUACAGCUUCAGGUUUUGAAGACUGAGCUUGGAAUAUCUGAAAGACAUUGGCUUCUCAACAUGCCUGCUCUCCUUCAGUGACACUGGAAACCAGACUCCUGAGAUACCUCAAGUUGAGAGCACAAGAGCGCAAACAUUGUAUUACUCCCACUGAUUUUAGGUGGCGAGUCUUACUGAUGUGGUUUAAAUGUGCAACACACGAAACUGGAUACUUGUCUGUGCAAAGCUUCCCCUCCACUGUAUUGAAAGCUUGCAUCUUAUGACACCUUAGAUCCUUCCAUAUCACAUCCUACCUGUCCUCAUAUUCUAUUCAAAUGAGAAACUUCCUGGUCAAUAGCUCUUCAUUAUGCUCAGUUUUCUUUUAUUUGCAAAUAUUUUACUAAUAUAUGUUCAUGCCUAGCUUGGUUAAAGAGAGCAAGUGAACAGUACCCCCAGAGCCCUAGGAUGACAAUUAAUGCUCACUAACAUCUGACAAAUACAGAGGAGGGGUCAACUUUGUGAAUAAUUGAGAAUGUGUCAAACAGAAAAAAGUGUUUACAGCUAACCAUUUUCCUGAAUGUAUUCAUCACUGAAUAUGAACUGACUAGUAAUUUCCUCAAAGAGUAAAUAUUUCCUCAUUGUUCAAAGACAAUUUAUUGCAAAUACUGGAUUUAAUACGGGUGAUGCUAAAUUAAUUUUCCUUGCUUCGAUGAUUUUUAACUUUGAAAAAAUGUUGUAAGAGAUAAAUGUAAAACAUUUUUUUCAAACAUUUUCACAAGUUCCUGACAGUAAAAUCACUCUCUAGAACACUGAUUUACAGUAAUACAAUCACAGGGGAAAAAGGGGAAGACAAAUUAAGACAAGUAGAAAAAAAUAGAAGCAGAUAUUUUCCAGGAGCAGUUUUGUUACCAGUUUCUUCCCAACGGAACUAAGUUGCUACGCUAAGGCUUCCUACAGUUUGCAAAGCAAUAUUCAGAAGAUGUUCAAAAGAAUGUUUUCUGUAACCGCUCGUGAGAAAACAAUGUGCUUUGAGACCAUUACUCAUUACUGGUUGUGUGGCUGGCAUGCAGUGGUUUGCAACAGCAGCAUCCCAUGGUGCCUCUUGCCCUACUCCAGCCCACACCACCCCACAUCCAGCAAGUGCUGCCUUCUCCAAGAAGCCAGCUGAAGCCCAGCUCAGACAAAGAACCAAGGUCUAUGCCUCUUCCUGUGGUGCUUUUUUUAGUUGACUUCAAAACUUACCCGACCCCUCAAAAUGGCAUUCUGUGGCGUACCAGAACCACGACAUGAUGAUCCUUCACCCUGUCCUAGCCAUGGAUCUAGGACAGUGAAUAAUGCACUACAGUGCAUGGAGACUGCUUCAGAACAGACUGUUGUGCAUAUAUUCUGUUGUUGGUUUUGAAUUACUAUUAAUCCCCAAUUGGUCAAAAUGCUGCACAGUUUCAAGUAAUUUUCUUGGACACUUGGUUUCCCUGAAAGAUUUAAGUAAAAACUGGAGGGAACACAUUUUCUGUAAAGUUAUGUUAAUAAGCAUUAACCCUUGUUCUGAAGUUCAUCAUUAGCAAUUUCUACCUCAAGCUUUAAAUUAAUUCUUUCCAGAAUUAAUCUUGAGGUGACAGCUCUAUAAAGAGCCAGAUUACGCCACUUACCCUUUCUAAAAAACUUAGACCAGGACAUGUCUUUCCUUCUUCCAGAACUUUCUAACCAUUUCAAAAUACAAAAUAAGGGCUUGGACAUUUCCCUGGCCAAUUCUGGAUGCAACUUAUCUGCCAUUUUUAAAGGCAGUAGAUCUAAUCUAAAAGUUGCCAAGUUACUAUUGAAAAGUUAGGACUUGAUUAAAUCUUGUCCUCCCUAUGCAAAAGAGACCAGGUGUUGAAUGAUUUGUAUUGCAAGAUAGUUAUGGAUACUUCUAAUAGGUCCCCUCAGUACUCUGAGUGAGUUUAGUGUUUCUAUUUUCUCUUAACAUAGACUUUUAUGGCUUUUUCUCCUUUCCCUCUGAUCUCCUAGUCUUAACAACAGACUCCUCUGGAGGCUGAUGUGAUAACCCCACUGCCUCUCCAGGCUGCCCAUUUCACCCCUCUAGUAUCUUUCUUUCAUUUCUAUGUGGACUUAGGCAUUUUCCAAGGCCAUCACUCAGCAUCCAUUUAGGUUACAGCCAAGCAUCUCUGCAGACCCCAGCAGUUAUGGAUGAAGCUUCAGCAUGGUCACGGCCUUGAUUCCUUUCUUCCUCACUCCCAUCCAAUAUUCCCCUCUCCUGGAUAAUAGCCUGCCCAUUGCACUUCAGUCUGUUUUAUACUUUUCAUCUGUUCCUGCUCAUUUUCUUUCACAUACACUGGUGAUCUCUAUAUUAAUCAUGUAGGUGGACUAAACUACACUGGAUUUAGACCAUCUUGCUCCUGCACUACUACAGCCAAAGGGUUAAAAUAUUCUAGUUUACAUGUACUAACAUUAUACCUCCUCUUUGUUCACGUUAAUUUUUCCCUAAAUGAUUUACACAGUCAGGUCCUCUAGCCUACAAAACAAAGAGCAGCACAACCAGGCAGCAGAUAGUAUGGUAGCAGAUUAUUUUAAUAUUGCCAUGGACUAUAUAGAUUAUGCCUCUGCUGUAACAUCCUAAUCAUCUGCCUGGUCUAAACAGAUCCAUCCCACCAUCAUUUUGCCACCAAGUGAUGACUCAAGUUAUUAUUCCUCUGUAGAAACCAAGGAAAAACACACAAAUAGGAAGUUACUUGCACUACGUGCUACUCUACAAUGUUCAGCAAAUGUGAUGAUCCCUAAAUAACUGUUACCUCUUCCCUUAUUUUCUUCAAGUACUUGAGCAGUUGUUACCAACAUUCCUCAGGACAAUUACAUAUCUAAUUUAGAGUAAGCAAUUUUUGUCCUACAGAAAGCAGUAAGCUACAGACCCAAAAGAAGACUUGUUUGAGAACCAUAUGGAUAAAAAGGAGGGUAAUUGAGAACUAUCAUCCUCCUAGAUGUGAUGAAAUCAAUACGUUAAAGAAGAUUUUCAACAAAGUAGAAAUAACACCUCCAUAAAAUUACAAAUACAGAGUACUGGCAUCACCAGCAGUUAAUAGCACAACAGUCCUGCACUCAAACACAUAACCUUCCAUUAACCCCACAAAAAGAAGGUUGCUUUUGGUUUCUAGGAAAUCGUAAGUCAUGCAUCCCCAGAUAUCUACUGAUUUAUGAGAUCAAAAUAAUUAAUAUUUUCAGUGCCAAAUCCAAUGGAAGGCUAUGAGAAAACACCGUUUACUUUUUGUGUAUGAAAUUGCUGUAUGUGCAAUUGUUUUGUCAAAGAGCUGUUUCAAAUAAUUUUGUAAUGUAAAUAUUUCAAAGUCAUAAUAUCACUUAGAUGUAUUUAAGAGCAUCAGAUUUAAGACAACUUUUUCUAAUAAAGGUUUAUAGUAGU